AUGCUGAUUUUCACCGCCUCGGCCACUGCCCCCGUGAACAUUGCUACCCUCAAGUAUUGGGGAAAAAGAGACAAAACCCUCAAUCUUCCUACUAACUCCUCCAUCUCAGUGACUUUGGACCAAAAUGACUUGAGAACAUUGACUUCAGCUGCAACAUCGCCGGACUUCAAAAGCGACAACUUGUGGUUGAAUGGCAAAGAAGAAGGAAUAAAGGGCGAAAGAACCAUUGCAUGCUUGAGAGACUUGAAGAAGUUGAGGAAGGAGUUGGAGGACCAAAACCCAUCCUUACCUAAAUUGUCCGAAUGGGGCCUUCACAUCGUCUCGGAAAACAACUUCCCAACUGCUGCUGGAUUGGCAUCUUCUGCUGCUGGCUUUGCUGCUUUGGUGAGCGCCAUUGCCAAAUUGUACGAGCUCCCGCAGCUGAUGUCUGAAAUUUCCAAGAUCGCAAGAAAGGGUUCUGGAUCUGCUUGCAGAUCAUUGUUCGGUGGAUAUGUUGCAUGGGAGAUGGGCGAUAAAGAGGAUGGCCUGGACUCAAAGGCAGUGGAGGUGGCCCCUGUCGACCAUUGGCCUCUGAUGAAGGCUGCCAUCUUGGUGGUGUCUGACGACAAGAAGGACACCCCGCUGACCACAGGUAUGCAGAGCACCGUUGCCACAUCAGACUUGUUCCAAUACCGUAUCAAGGAGGUUGUUCCAAAAAGAUUCGAGGAUAUGAAGAAAGCUAUCCAAGACCGUGACUUUGAGGUGUUUGGUGAUUUGACCAUGAAGGAUUCCAACUCUUUUCAUGCGGUGUGCUUGGACUCCGUGCCUCCGAUCUUCUACUUGAAUGAUACUUCCAAGAAAAUCAUCAAGUUGAUUCACAAGUUAAAUGAACAAGAAGGUAAGAUCGUUGCUGCAUACACUUUCGAUGCUGGUCCAAAUGCUGUGGUAUAUUACGAGGAACAAAACGAGAACAAGGUCCUUGGAUUGAUCCACAAGUACUUCAGCAAAGUCCCUGGUUGGGAGAAGGUCACCGAGAAGAAGAGCCAAUUCAUCGACUCUGACAUCGAAUUUGACACCGACGCUUACAAGGGUGUCAGUAGGAUCAUCUUGACGGGAAUUGGCCCAGGCCCUCAGUCAACCGACCAGAGCUUGGUCAACGACAAGGGAUUGCCAAAGUAA